UUUCGUUGUAGUUGUGCGCCAUAUUGGCAAUCUCCUCCAUCUCACCAAGCCGGUUGUUGAGAACAAUAUAAACAUUUUACAGCGAACCCAAAAUACAACACCAUGGAGUCAGUCAAAGCAUUCAACGACGAGCUCUACUCUCUGAAUGAGUACAAACCUCCGAUCUCCAAGGCCAAGAUGACCAAUAUUACCAAGUCUGCAAUAAAAGCAAUAAAAUACUACAAACAUGUUGUCCAGAGCGUGGAGAAGUUUGUUCAAAAAUGCAAGCCAGAGUACAAGGUCCCAGGCCUGUACGUCAUGGACUCCAUUGUGCGGCAGUCACGGCACCAGUUUGGCCAGGACAAGGAUGUGUUCGCCCCGCGCUUCAGCAAAAACAUCAUCGGAACCUUCCAGUACUUCUACCGCUGCCCCUCAGAUGACAAGAGUAAGAUUGUCAGAGUCCUCAACCUGUGGCAGAAGAACGCCGUCUUCAAGAGUGACAUCAUCCAGCCGCUGCUGGACAUGGCUGCAGGACUACCCCCUCCCAGUGUCACCCCUGUCAUGACCAGCAGGGAUGCUCCGGUCAACAACGCUACGCCUGGUACCCCAGCGACCCCGGCCACUCCAGCCAACAUCGUGUCCAGUCUGCCUGACUGGGCGUCUCAGUUUUCCAACACAGACACUGUAGCUGCUGUGGCCCAGAUCCUGCAGAGUCCACAGGGACAACAGCUCCAGCAGCUGGUGCAGAGUCUGCAGAUGCAGCAGGAGAAGCCCCAGCCUUCUCUGCUGCAGGCGCUGGAUGCAGGCCUGGUGGUCCAGCUGCAGGCCCUGACAGCCCAGCUCACUGCUGCAGCCUCAGCCAACCCCAUGCAGCUCAACCCCCUGGACCAGAGGGUCUCCUCCUUCAACAAGAAAAUGUUGGGUCAUUUUGACUUUGGGAAUGAUUCAGAACGCUCUGAAGACUCCAAAAAGGACUCGCAAUCAUCCCAGAUGCCCAUGGUGUCAGACUCCAUCUUCCACCAGCUGGCUGAGCAGCUGCAGCAGCAGAACCUAGAGCAGUUACAGAAGCAGCUCAUGGAGCACCAGCAGCACCAGCAGAAGGAUGGAAUCUUUGGGUCUGAGAACACACCCCAGCAGAGCAGCAGCCAAUCACAGCACCCGGAGCCAGACAACAAGAUGGAUGACUCCAUUGACAACCAGCAGCAGGACAUGGACCUGGAUGACGGGCCAGAGAUGGGCGAAGAGAUCUUCGAGCCAGAGGACAAGAAGUCCAAGACGAUUGACAUACAAUCAAGAACACGGUCCAGGUCACGAUCAAGAUCUCCCAGGAAGAGACGGUCCAGAUCACGGUCAGGCUCUCGGAAACGGAAACAUCGCAAGCGAUCGCGGUCACGCUCCAGAGAACGGAAGAGGAAGUUGUCGCGGUCCUACUCCAGCGAGAGACAAGCCCUCGAGCUAGAGAAAGAGCGUCAGAAGAAAGGACUGCCUCCAAUCCGAUCCAAGUUUCUCAGUGUGUGCAGCACCACUCUGUGGGUGGGACAGGUAGACAAGAAGGCUACUCCGCAGGACCUCACCAAUCUGUUUGAAGAGUUUGGUCAGAUUGAGUCUAUCAAUAUGAUCCCUCCCCGUGGCUGUGCCUACAUCUGUAUGGUCCACAGACAGGAUGCCUACCACGCCAGACAGAAACUCAGCACUGGUUCAUACAAGAUUGUCUCCAAGGUCAUUAAGAUCGCUUGGGCGCUGAAUAAGGGAGUGAAGCAGGAGUAUAAGCAGUUGUGGGACAUGGACCUGGGGGUGACCUACAUUCCCUGGGAGAAGGUCAAGCUGGACGACCUGGACGGCUUCGCUGAGGGAGGCAUGAUCGACCAGGAGACUGUCAACGCCGAGUGGGAAGCAGCCAAAAAUGCACCACAGCCAGUGAAGGAAGCGGUGAGCCAGGCUGUUAGCGCUGAACCCAUGGCAGCCACUAAUACCCAACAGACCCAACAAAAGGCCUUCAUCCAACAAGUCUCCAUGAUGCCUGUGCAGCUCCCUGUGGCCCAGGCUGUCCCUGCUGGGGGUCCUGUGCCUCCAUCCUUCCCUGUUUCCAUGACAAUGCCCCCGCCAGGCUAUGGCCCCCCGCCCACCUUCCUCAGAGCAGGGUUCAACGCCUCCCAGCCUCCUCCAGGUUUCAUGCAGGCAGCAGGUGUUCCUCAGCAAGCAGGCAUGGGCUCAGCUCCUACAUCUCUGGUGCAGCCCUCCAUGUCGCAUGCUCAAGACAGCGUGAAGGACUCCCCGUACGGAGCCACUGUCCCAGGAAGCUUCAUGCCCUCUGCCAUCCCUGGACAAGGGGUCUUCAACCCGCUUCAACCUGGAGUCCAGACGCAGCAAGGAGCCAAUGACAAGACGGGCCAAUCUGCUGAUGGCAUGGACGCUGCUGCAGAGUUAGUACUGCAAGGUAUGCAAAAUGCAAUGAGUCGUCGUAUGGGUCUUCUGGGGAUGCACCCCUCAGCCUCCCUCACCCACCCCCUACACCAGCAGGGCCUGCCUGGCCAGAGGAUGCCUGGGCUAAUGCCGCUGGACCUCCAGCCUAGUAUGCUCCAGGGAGCCGGGGCCCGCUUCCCCCUCCUGAUGCAGCAGGGCCUGUCCCAACAGAGCAUCCUGGAUGCCUCUCUCCAUGCACAGGCCCGCGCCAGAGCGGCCUCCCAGAUGGACCACUUUAACAGGGCCGAGGGGGCCUUCAACCGGGGUACCAACCUCCCAAACGAAAACAUGUCUAAGGCUGAGGACCAGCCUUCCUCUCGGGCAGACAAGAGCCAGCAGGGGAGGGACCAAGACUACCGCUUCCCCCCGCCCCAGGAGAAGCAGAACAUGGGCCUGCUGAGGACACCUCCCCCGGAGCACAGAGAGUCCAUGGGUGGAGGUGGACGUGGUGGGGGAGCUGGUGGUGUGGGAGCUGGUGGUGGGGGUAUGGACGGAGGAGGAGGCAGAUCUGCCCUGCUCCAGACCCCAGUGAGGGAGCCAGCUAGAGACAGCAUAGUAGGGCGGCUUCAGGCCCUCGCCGGCUUCACCCCCCAGACCCAGAGUCGCUGGGGGCCACCUAGAGGGAACUUUGAUGAGCGUGACAUGCGGGGCUCACCGGCCAGGGUCUCCAAGGGCUUCCAGGAGGAGCGCCCUAGCUCCAACCAGGGGCAGAACUUUCCCAACCGCUUUGAGAACCAGAACCGCGCUGGGGCAGGAGGAGUAGGUGCUGGUGUUGGAGGUGGCCCGGCGUGGAGUCGUGGUGGAGCUAAUGCUGCAGCACCGUUCGCUGAUACUGACAUGCCACAGGACUUGGAUGAGUGCCGGCGCCCUUGGGACAGGCAGCAACGGGAGAGGGACGACAGGGAAUUUGACUUAAGGAAGGAGAUGAACGGAAACCGCCUUGAGAGAGAUAGCCGCGAGAAAGACCGGGAGAGGGAGAGAGAGAGGGACCGGGAGAGAGAAAGGGACCAUGGCCGUGAGCGUGGCAACCGUGAACGAGAGCAAGAGUGCGCCCGGGAGAGAGAGCGUGAAAAGGAGAGGGAGAAGGAUCGGGAGAGAGAACGUGAGCGGGACCGUAACAAGCGUGGAGCCUGGACACCUCUUCUCCCUCUACCACAACCCCUACUUCCUACUCCUACCCCGACCCCAACCCUCUCCCUGACCCAAGGCAAAUCCCAGGCCCUGCUGCAACUACAGUCCAGGCUUCAACUUAAACCUGGACUCCUAACUAAACCAGGUCUGCUUCAAACUCCAAACCUCCUAACUCGGUCAACAUCUCAAGCCCCAACCAAGUUCCUUCAAGCCCCAUCCCAGUCUCCAACUCAAGCCAAGAAUGAAGCCCUCCCUGGGCCUGAGCCCCAGACAGAGUCCCAGUCCUCUACCCAGACCCAUGCUUCCCCCAAGUCUGAGUCCUCACCCCAGACCCAAUCCACUCCUCAGAACCAGUCAUCACCCCAAAACCUGGUUUCCCCUCAGGCCCAAUCGCCAUCCCCUCCCCAGGCUCAGUUCCCGCCACGGGCACAAACGCCACCACAGGCCCUGUCCCCACCACUGGCACAGUCGCCUCCCCAGGCCCUGUCCCCACCACCGGCACAGUCGCCCCCCCAGGCCCUGUCCCCACUACCGGCACAGUCGCCUCCCCAGGCCCUGUCCCCACCACCGGCACAGUCGCCCCCCCAGGCCCUGUCCCCACCACCGGCACAGUCGCCACACCAGGAGAUCACUGACACCCAGGAAGAGCCAGAUAAUGCCCUUUGGGCCAACAAGCCAGAGAAACCCCAGGAAGAACCCAUAGAAGAGCCUGAACCCAUAGAGGAACCUCCAUCUCAGUUGGUCUAUGGGACGGGGUUGAGGCUGGACACUGACGUAGUGGCUGAGCCCACACCUGAACGGGCGCCCACCCCUACCCUCUCCCCCACUCCUGCCCCACUCUCAAUGUCACCGGUCCUCACACACCGCGCUGAGGAACCCCAAUGCCUGCCGGAGCCCCUGGACGUGCAGCAACCACCACAACAUGCCUCCUCCUCCUCUUCCUCCUCCCCUAAGGACAAUGGACUGAGUGAGCCGAUGGAGGAAGCUGAGAAACAGCCAGUGGUAGAGCAAACUGACACUGAGGGGACAUAAUCAUCACUCAGUAGGUAAAGAUCAUUUUGUAAAGUUGUCUCUUCUCUGUACUCAUGUCAGCCACCCACUGGACCCUGGGUAGUAAUUUGCAUAAUAUUGUCUGAUGACCUAACAACUGAUUUUAUUUCUCACAUAACGGUGUACUUCAAUAGAUGGCUCGCUAGCUGAUUAAAUGGUAGGUGAUUAUGUUUUUCAUUAUUUUAUUUCUUUUUUUUUGUAAUGCCAGACCACGAUAUAAAGCUCGGUGAAUUUUAAUGAAAAUUGCUUGCCAAAAUGUUUGAAUUGUAAAUGAGAAAAAGAGCUUUGACCUUCCUAUGGAAGAGUGUACGGAUCCUGGCUGUUUCCACUGAAUUGAAUCCAGAUGAGGGAAUACUUGAAAACUGCAGUCACUGGCCUGUUUUUUUUAUCUUCUUUUAAAAUAAGCUGCAGCAAAGUUUUAAAUGAAUGCCUUUGUGGUGUCCUAUAUAUAUGCUUCUGGUCUAUAAGCAGAAUAUAGCCUACAUACAGUAAGAACCCUACAGUUGCUUCUAAAAAGGAACAUCCUAAAAGAUUAAAAACAUGACCUGUGUUAUCCCCAAAAGGAAUGUCUGAUUUGUUCAUCAUAAUGCAGUGAUUCAAAGGACAAAGUAAGCCAGAGAGAUAAAAAUAUAUAUAUAUAUUUUUUUUUUAAGGAUGGUGGAUGUUGGGUGCAUUCUGUUUUAGUUUGAAAUAAACAUGCUUUGUUUGUUAACAAAUGCUUUAGGACUGUAUUUUCUGACCCAGGACCAGUGGAAUAAUGUUUUACACACAGACUAUAUGCUUUUUGCAGUGGUGUCACAUACAAACAGCUGUGUCACUACAGUAGUUAGACCAUUGACUUGAUGUUGUCGUACCGCAUUAAGUCAGGCAGGAUGUUAAAGUGCCUGUACUUAGACAUCAAUCUAUUCUAUCUAAACCGCUCUUUAGUUUGUUGUUUGCGACCAUGGAUUAAUUUGUUAUGUUAGUUUCUGCACACUCUGUACUUCCCUAUACUUUUCUUUGGUGGGUGACUUUGGGAUCGGAUUGUGCCUUCUUGAUUUGAUUAUUGUUCAGCAUAAUGUCACCCCAAUACACCACACUAUGCUCAACGUGCUGCUUUGGUUUCCCUGAGACUGUACAACCCCUCAGAGAGACAGCAGUCUGUCCAGCAAGCUGACAACACAGACAAUGAUCUCCUUUGUCUGUGUGAUCAUAGCUGAGCAGCCUAUACACAAUUUAGCCUAUGUAUAUGGGGAACCAACCAGUCUGUUUACUCCAUCGUUGUGUGCAUGCCGGCCUGUAGCCAUUUAUUCUUCUUUGUCUUGUUCACUUCAUACUUCUUCAGUGCAUUUCUGUUGAGACACUAUACUACCAGGACAGGUUCAAUAGUCUGAAGUUCUCUCAGAGAAGCAAAUGUUAUAAGAGUUGUGAAGUUGAAUAAAGUUGAAGGUAAAUCAGCAUUU